UUUAUUUGAAAAUAAGACGAGCACUCACUGUGAGCGAUUUCAUAACUUAAAACAUCAAGACAAAGAGGUGAAUAUUUUAGAUUGAGAUGGAAAAGGUGAUAUCAAAUGUGACCAUACAAAAAAACAACCAUGUGGAUGAUUUAGAGGUGGUGUACACAUGGGAAAUGGAUUUCAAUCGCAGCCUGUUGAGUGCAGCCACAAUCCUAGUACCCCGAGCCACCACAGUACCAUCAACGACGAACGGAAUGCCUCCCUGGGCCCAUAAUUCCUGGAUCUGCUUAUUUGCUGCCAUGCUUGCUGUAGCAAUAGGCGGGAAUGCUAUCGUUAUAUGGAUAGUAACAGCUCACCGAAGGAUGCGAACAGUGACCAAUUACUUCCUGGUGAACCUGUCUUUCGCAGAUCUGAUGAUGUCCUUGCUCAACUGCCUCUUCAACUUUAUCUAUAUGCUUCACAGCGACUGGAUAUUUGGCGUGCGCUAUUGCAAGCUAAGCAAUUUCAUAGCCAACGUCACAGUAGCGGCAAGUGUGUUUACUCUGACAGGCAUUUCCUUCGACAGGUACCAAGCAAUCGUACGCCCGAUGAGACCAAGAAUGUCAAAAACCUGUUCCCUCAUCAUGAUUGCUGGGAUUUGGAUUAGCGGAAUGUUAUUGGCAAUCCCGUGUUUGUUAUAUUCUACAACAAAGGAAUACAGGUCCAAGGGAACGCUGAGAACAGCGUGUCUUCUCUCUUGGCCGGAUGGAUUACCCGAUGUAUCAUAUAUGGAUUUUAUGUAUCAAGUGUUGUUUUUCAUUGUAACAUACGCUGUUCCAAUGAUGGGCAUGACAUUUUUCUAUUCGGCGAUGGGCAGAGUACUUUGGGGUUCACGGUCUAUAGGGGAACUGACUCAAAGACAAUUGGAUUCCAUUCGUUCGAAACGGAAGGUUGUGAAGAUGUUUAUCUUAGUCAUAGUAAUUUUCGGCCUAUGCUGGUUGCCAUAUCAUAGUUACUUCAUUUUCACACACUUCUACCCAUCUGUGUUAUACAUGAAGUAUAUACAACAUGUGUAUCUUGGCUUCUAUUGGCUGGCAAUGGCGAAUGCGAUGGUCAAUCCGAUAAUUUACUAUUGGAUGAACGCUAAAUUCCGGUCGUACUUUCGCACUGCGAUCCUGUGUAGAUGGCGUGACAGUUGCUUCCGACGAAAACGAGCACUACCAGAUUCACCGCCAGACUGCAUGUCCCAGUCUGGCAGCAGAUCCCGAUCAGGUAUCGAGGCACACAAAGAAUCAAGAGGAAAUGCAGUGGUCGUCUGGCCGCUCUCGUAUCAGGAGGGACCGCGCCAGUUGCCGAGACAGCCUUCGCUUGCUAGUUGCCCGCGAUGCCCACAUCGAACAUACGAUGCUUACAUACAUGGACGCAAAGUGUGAAUUAAACAUUAAGGAACUAAAUGCUCAGUAAAUUAACGAUUUAAAAUUUAAAUGUGAUAUAUUAAGUUUCUCACAGGGAUUAUAUAAGUAUAGAAAAGUCUAUUAUAACGGAUACCAAAACAACUGAAUAUAUUAUCACGAACUUCUGUCCCAUUAGCUUAAAGAUGACUCUCAACGAUCACGGUUUUGACAUAAUAUACUUGUAAAGCUUAGCGAUAAUUACAUACUUAUCUGUAUAGUCCAACGAUUCAGACACCGAUCAUUUAAAAGUUGAGGGAAGGAAAAGAAGGAUAGCUGUCAAGAAAAACUAUUGUUAACAUAAUAAGAAAAAAAAUAAUAAAACUUAAAAUCAAUGUAUUAAACUACAACUAAAGCUCAGCUUAUUACAAAUAAAAAAACUUGACUAUGAUUAUUUUUACAUGGUUAAUUUAAAUUGUAAGUGACGCGCGAAUGUGAAGAUUCGCGGUUAAUUUUGGGUAGU